AUGCUGCUCGACACUCAGUGGGCCCACAUCUUGGCAGGAUGCUUCGCCCUCUCAGCCAUCUUGAUAUCUCUGGGCCAGAUAAUUCAACACCUCCGACAUUACUCGGAGCCAGUCUUCCAGCGCUACAUCGUGCGCAUCAUCUUCCUGGUCCCUGUCUACGCCAUGGCCUCCUGGCCUUCCCUAAUAGCCCCUGGCAGCGCCGUUUACCUGGCAGCCGCUCGUGACUGCUACGAGGCUCUGGUGAUCUACAACUUCAUGUCGCUGUGCCUGGCCUACGUCGGUGGUCCCGGCGCGGUGGAGACCAAGAUGGCGGGCUACAUGCUGCGCCCCAGCUGGUGGACCUGGACCUGCUGCCUGCCGCCGCUGCCAGUGAACGGGCGCUUCGUGCGCUGGACCAAGCAGGGUGCGCUCCAGUUCGUCAUCAUCAAGCCCAUCCUGGCGGUGCUGGUGGUGGCCCUGUACGCCACGGGAAAUUACAAGGAGGGGAGCUGGGCGGCGGACCAGGGCUACGUCUACAUCACGGUGAUCUACAACCUGACCUACUCCAUCGCGCUCUACGCCCUCCUCCUCUUCUACCUGGGCACGCACGAGCUGCUGGUGCCCUUCAGGCCCCUCCUCAAGUUCAUCCUCAUCAAGUCGGUCAUCUUCCUCUCCUUCUGGCAGGCGGGUUACGGCUUCUUCAUCGCCAUCUGCAGUGCGGCGGGGCUGGUGAAGAGUGCGGAGGAGGGCGUGAACAUCCAGAACUUCCUGCUGUGCAUGGAGAUGCUGCCUGCGGCCAUCUGCAUGCUCUUUGCCUUCCCCUACGCCCCCUACGUUGUGGCGGGGGGCGGGCUGUCAGGGGGCAAUGUGACGCACGCCAUCAGCAUCAGGGACAUGGUGACGGACACGGUGCACCAGUUCGCGCCUGCCUACCACAACUACGUGCUCUACUCUGACGGCAGUUCGGCCCCCGGGGCCAAGGCCAAGACCGUGCGCGCGCGCACCUUUGUCGCUGUGGGUCACGAGAGCAGCGCAGUCAAGGACCCCAGUCUGCUCCCGGACGUGGAGAUGGGGCGCCACGACUUCGACUCCCCGCCCCGCCUGGGCAAGAGCAAGUUCCUGUCGCAGGAGAAGGAGAACCCCUUUGCGCUGGACAGCGACGAGGAGGGCGGGGCCGAGCCCGCCGCCGCCCCCGCCUGGGACACCAUCCGGCUGGAGUCGCCGAGGCGGCGCAAGUGA